AUGUCUGUGUUGUGGGACAGUCUGGAGAAAUUUGAAGUGACGUAUGUGAAGAGAUGCAAAGUGAAGAAAAAGAAAAAAGUCGACCUGAUGAAGGUAGUGAGAACACACAUCUUUUGUGGACAGCUUUGCAAGAACUGUGAGUAUGGAUGCGAUAAAGAAACAGAAUUAUGCACCGGAAAGUGUAAUCCUGGCUGGGAUGGUCCCACUUGCUCGAGACGAAAUGUGGCGUUAGGACAAAGAACGACGCAGUCUUCGGUUUAUACCGAAUUAGGUUUCAGCUUCGUCUCCAGGCUCGCUGUUGACGGUAGGACUGGACAUAUGUUUUUCAACAAACCGUAUACAUGUUCUCACACCGAAACAAAUCCGCAACCCGCAUUCUGGACAGUUACGCUCGAUGGAGAGUACAGCGUCUACAGGUUCAGGAUAUAUAACAGGAAUGAUGUGAACUGUUCAUUGUGUUAUCGCCGACUUAACGGCUUUACCCUAUCCGUGGGUAGCUCCUCCCAGAAUUACAAGGACUGUUACCACGACACCACCACAGCCCAAUCAGGUCCCGGGAACAUCAUUACCAAAACUUGUGUAAAUGGUCCUAUAUUUGGAAACACUGUGAAGAUUAUGAUAACUAAUUCCGAAGCCCUUACUCUCUGUGAGGUACAGAUUUUCGCUUUUUCCACAUGUGAGGAAAGCCAUGAGGUCAGCUUGCUACAAGUAAACUAG